CCAUCACAAGACGGAACAGCGUAUAUUCAUCAUCCAUCGGCCCAGUAAGGAAAUGGCCUUGUACUUGCUAUUACGACUCCUCCAUAUUGUUCAGUUUCAGGAGCGUACAAUGCAAGGUAAGGCCACGUUUUUAGAACACGCCGCUUUGUGUGAUAAGAGAACAAUGGAUGCCUAGCACAACAUGCGGGGGAGCAAAAGCAUAAAUUGGACGUAUGAUUCCAAUCCUACCAGCCGAGGUAUCUGAAACCACUUUCUCUUCAUUGUCCGCGGAGUCUCUCUCUCUCUCCUUUUAUAUCCCAUAGAGGCGAAAUGCUGAGUGACGGAGCUGUUGCCAUUGCCAUGGUUCAACACCGGGUCACGAUUGUACAAUCUGCACGAUCACAUACUCGAAACGACGGAUGGCUGGACGUUUAUACUUUCAUGCCCUUCGGCGAAAGGUUGUUUCUCGAGACACACGUGCCGAAAGCACGCAUCGCGUCUUCAGAUCUCCUCGCAAUUUUCCCUUCGAGCGAUGCCUUUCACACGCCAACGGAAGGGAUGCUACAGCUUCCCCAGAAAGCGUUCGCAGAGUUCACCGAGUUGACGUCCUGGAAUCAGAAGCAGUGUGAGGACCUAUGGUGUAAAUGGAUUGCUUCCAAAUGAUGGACAGCAAGAGAUACGCAGCAUUACAAGUUUAUCAACCAUUUUCCAACCACGAUUAGAGCACUGAAGAGUCCCAUUUCAUCUCCCUACAUUGUAGCCAUAGUAUCAUCACCUGUAUCGAUAUUGAUCAAGAUUCUGUAU